CGCGGGGAGCGGCCGCGGCGCCUCCGCCUCGCCGAGCACAGAGGGGAAGCGAACGGCCAGUUUUCAGCCUGAAGUAAACAGGAGAAGAACUGGCAAUGCCUUCUGAUGGGGCAGAAUAUACAAUUGGGGGGGUGAAGAUCCUCUUCCCCUGCAAGGCUUACCCCUCCCAGCUCGCCAUGAUGAACGCUAUUGUUAAAGGUUUGAAUAACAGGCAGCACUGUUUGCUGGAGAGCCCCACAGGAAGUGGCAAAAGCUUGGCAUUGCUUUGUUCUGCAUUAUCAUGGCAGCAGGCUUUGUAUGAUAAAUCAGUGCCAACCUCAUCAUGUGACAAGGACAGGAAGGCAGAGCCGUCCCCACGGUGUCACUGCAGGUGUCACUCCCAGCCUCAGAGCAGCGAGGCUGCACCCAGUGGGACUCACAGUGCUCCUUGUUCUGCCAAUCAUCCUGGCACAGGAACUUCCAGAGAACCUGGGAGCCCACUGACAAACACAGAAUGUAAGGAAAAUGAAACACUAGCUUCAAAACUGUCUGCCAAAAAAAAGUUAUCUCUUCAUGACAGUGAGAAGGAUGAUUUUCAAGUGGACAGGAAAAGGAUUCGUCCUCUAGAAACAGAGCAGCAGCUUAGAAAACGUCACUGCUGUGCAAAAGGAGUGCAGUUGGUUGAUGCUUUAGAAGUUUAUCAUCAGAGAAAAAAUGGAGAGCUGACUGUUCAUUCUGAAAAAAGCAUGAAAACUGCUACCUUUUCUCCCCAAACACCUCCUGGCCCUUGCACUGAGUGUUCCUGUUCUUCUGGGAAAGAACCUGAUAAAGAUCCCAGUCACACAAAGAAGAAAGAAAACGGAGAUCGGUUGUGCGUUCCCAAAAUUUUUUUUGGGACACGAACACACAAGCAAAUAACCCAGAUCAGCAGGGAGCUGCAGAGGACAGCAUAUUCCUGUGUCCCCAUGACAAUCCUUUCCAGCAGGGACUAUACCUGUAUUCAUCCAGUGGUGUCCAACAGCAGUAACAGGAAUGAAAUGUGUGUAGAAUUGCUGGAAGGAAAACAUGGCAAGUCCUGCUCCUAUUACCACGGUGCUCACAAGCUCAGUGAGCACCAUGGCCUGCAGCCUGCCCCCAUGGCUUGGGACAUUGAAGACCUGGUGAGCCUGGGCAGGAAGCUUCGUGCCUGUCCCUACUUUGCAGCCAGAGAGCUCAUGCUGGGGGCAGACAUCGUGUUCUGUCCUUACAAUUAUCUCCUGGACCCACAGAUCCGGGACAGUAUGGACAUUCAUCUGAAAGACCAAGUAGUCAUUUUGGAUGAAGCCCACAACAUUGAGGACUGUGCUCGGGAGUCCGUGAGCUACGGGGUCACCGAGAGCCAGCUGCGAGCUGCUCGGGAGGAGCUGGAGCUCAUGGUCAGCAGCAGCAUCAGGCAGAAGCACCAUGAGCCCCUCCAGGCUGUGUGCUGCUCCUUGAUCAACUGGUUGCAGGAGAGCUCAGGGCAGCUGGUGGAGAGAGCCUAUGAAACUGCCUGUAAGGUGUGGAGUGGCAAAGAAAUGCUCAGCUUUUUGCACAAAAUGGGAAUAACUGGCAUUACUUUUCCCAUUUUACAGAAACAUCUUGCUGCUGUCCUGGAAAAAGAAGAAAAAGUGUCUAUGCAUGGGAGAGAGGAACUUAUUGAGGUGCCAGUUGUGAGCCCUGCAACACAGAUCGUGCUCAAAGGCCUGUUCAUGGUCCUUUCCUGUCUCUUCAAAGAGAACAGCAGGUUUGCAGAUGAUUACAGGGUUGCUCUACAACAAACUUACACCUGGAUGGCUGAAAACCAGCGUAAUGAUGCAGAUACAAGUCCCUUCUUCACGAGGCCCAAGCACAAAAAGAGUUCAAGGCAGAAAACCCUUGUCCACAUGCUGAAUUUUUGGUGCCUGAACCCUGCUGUGGCUUUUUCUGACUUAAAUGAAGUUAGAACAAUUGUUCUGACAUCAGGCACACUCUCUCCCAUGGAUUCCUUUUCCUCAGAGCUUGGGGUGAAGUUUUCCAUUCAGCUGGAGGCAAAUCACGUUAUCCGCAAUUCCCAGGUGUGGGUCGGCACGGUGGGAGCGGGACCCAAUGGGCGCAAGCUGUGCGCCACCUUCCAGCACACCGAGACCUUCGAGUUCCAGGACGAGGUGGGAGCACUGCUGCUGGCAGUCUGUCACGCUGUUGGCCAAGGAGUUCUCUGCUUCUUGCCAUCCUAUAAGAUGCUGGACAAGUUAAAGGAUCGUUGGAUGCACACUGGCUUGUGGAGGAACCUGGAGGAUGUUAAAACAGUCAUUGCAGAGCCCCAGGGAGGGGCCAAGAGUGACUUUGAUGAGCUGCUGAAAAUCUACUAUGAUGCAAUCAGAUGUAAAGGAGAAAAAGAUGGAGCUCUCCUGAUAGCUGUGUGCAGAGGGAAGGUCAGUGAGGGGCUGGAUUUCUGUGAUGAGAAUGCCAGGGCAGUUGUGACCAUUGGAAUCCCCUUCCCAAACGUGAAGGACCUUCAGGUUGAAUUAAAAAGGAAGUACAAUGACCAGCACAAAAGUACAAGAGGCCUUUUAUCAGGGAGUCAGUGGUAUGAAAUUCAAGCUUACAGAGCUCUCAACCAAGCCCUGGGAAGGUGUAUAAGGCACAGGAAUGACUGGGGGGCUCUUAUUUUAGUUGACGACCGCUUCAAGAAUAACCCAAAUAAAUACAUAACUGGAUUGUCCAAGUGGAUCCGGCAGCAGCUGCAGCACCACGGGGACUUCGGCAGCGCCCUGCGCUCCCUGCGCGCCUUCGCCCGCAGGAACCUGCGGGGCGGGGAUCCCUGCCCCGAGCCCGGCUCCCAGCUCCCUGCCCACCCCAGGCACCUCUCCCGAGGCUCUCAGCAGGAGGCCACCCCUCCUCUGUCCCCAGACGUUCCUGCUAAAAGUCAGGAGCAGAGUUUGGGCUCAGAAGUGACCGCAGCCAUCAGCUCAGCUCAUCGCACGUCGUGGGCUCAGCCAAGUGGCAGCGUGGCAGCAGGGACACGGAGUGACCAGCAAGUUGAUUCACAGAGCCACCCUCACCAUGUAAAACAGAGAAGGAAACAUUUGGACUGCACCACCAAAAUGCCAGCAAUUAAAACAGAGACAGAAACAAUGAAUGGUUGGACCAAUGCUGAUAUUGUGGAAGAGAAUUGCUGCUCAGAGCCCCUGACUUCAACCCCUGCAGCCCAGAACUGCAGGGCCACAGCAAGCAGCAGCCAGGAGCACGUGAAUGGGCCUAGUGACCUCAUUGAUCAUUUCAAUCAAUGCCAAUCAUCAUUAAUUGCAGAACACAAACCAGGUGGACCAGAAUCAUGUUUGGAAACAACUCAUUCUGAGGCUCCAGUUGCUGAAGAACAUCCUGGUAAGGGAGCUCCAGCAGCAGGGAGAGCUGAGCCCUCACCGUUAAAUGAGGAUGAGGAUGAAAGCAUUUACUUCACCCCAGAACUCUAUGAUGAUGCAGAGCCAGAGGAACAGAGAACUGAGCCCCCACUGCCAGCCUCCUGUACCACUGGGAAUUGGGUGGAAUGUGGGGACUCCACAGUCCCUGCUGAUCUUUUUGCUACCAGCACCUCAGAAACACAGAAUGUGGCUGAAAAAGCUGAGGCUGGCAGAAAUCCCCAUGGAAUUAUGGCAAAUGCAAGGAGCAGGGACAGUGCACUUGGUGCUGCAGAGGUGGCAGCUGCAGCAGGAGCAGAGCAGGGAGGAUCUCAGGAGGUGGAGACCCCAAAAAGGAAAAUCAGCCUUUCCAGAUCCCGAAAUAAAGGAUUGAAAGUUCAGAGGAGAUGCAGCAGAAGGAAAGCUGCCCUUAGGCAAAGUGGCUCCUCCCGAGAGAGAAAGAAGGAAGCACAGAACCAGCCUUGCAGGAAAGGACUUUAUUGUGUUGUCUGUGGAGCUGAAAUCCUGCCCAAAGCACAGGGAAUUUUGAGAAAAGCUUGCUACAGUAAUAGUGAGCUGCAAAUAAUCUGGAAACUCUUCAGAAAUGCCAAUAUAAGAAGCAAAGAAUCCAUUAAUAAUUGUAAGUGUAAAGCAGAGGCCAUUUCAGAGGAUGAUAAUGUGAUGAUGGUCAUCUCAGAUGCUGCAAGCCUUGGUCAUCUUAAAGAAACUUUGAAGAUUUAUCAGAUGCCCGUGGAAGGUAAAUUCUUACUGAUAAAUACCUUACUGAUAAAUAGGUUACAUUUUUCAAUUAAAUAAAAUACCAUUCACAACGUUGACAC